AUGCUCCGUCGAGAAAAUCCAUUCCCUUGCGGCCCAUUGCCCCUCCCUCCAGACUCUAUGUAUUGCCGUCCAACGCAAUCGCGGCCUCGAAACACCUGUACACACCACACUUGCCCUCUUCUCAGCUUUAACAAUUCUCGAGGUCUACUUGAAUUGCCCGGCGCUUGUGGACCCCAACGAACCGAGCCCCUCUCCCCAGUCCCACCGCGCGACCUAACAGAAUUCGAGAAGGCUCAGCCCCCGCCUCCUAUCGAUCUCGACGUGCCAAUCUGGUACAUCAGAGAUACGAUGAUCAACUCCGCCAUCGACGAAGAUCUGGCUAGGACUAUCUUCACACAUAUCCGCGCCCGCCAGGCUGGGGAUCGGCGCCUUGCGAAGUUAGAUAUCCGUCCAUUGUAUAAUGCACCUGCAGUGGCUGCAAGAAGCAUAUCAAAAGCGUCCGAGAGCAAUAUUUCCAAAGCGCUGGCUCCGCAUUGGAUAAUUCAGACGGAUUUUUUGGCCGGCAUAAAGGCCGUAAUCCAUAAACAAAGUAUGCAGAAGCAGGAUCAUCACCCUGUGGUGUAUCAGCGGGGUGUGCAGUUGGAGGUCAUUUUCAAUUCUGUUUGGCCACUGGUGGAAGGGGAGAAGGAACAGUGUGAGAAUAAGGAUAAUUGGCUGCAGAGGCGGCGUAGUUGGCCUUUGCAGUGA